AUGUCAUUUUUGGAAGGAAUAAUAUCAUCGUGGUCUUCACUUCUUCAGAGUCUAUGGAAGGCUCUUGGUUUUGAGGGAAAGGAAGGGUCCUUGCUUAUGUUGGGUCUAGACAAUGCAGGAAAAACGACCCUACUUCAUCGGCUUCGAACGGGUGAUGUCAGAUCCUUUCCACCCACCGAUAGGCCACACAUGACUGAAAAAUUUGAAUGCAACGGAAUCACCUUCCAAGCCUGGGACAUGGGUGGCCAUGAAGCAGUGCGUCACUUGUGGGAAGAUUAUGUCUGUGAAUGUAGUGCUGUCUUAUUCCUCGUAGAUUCAGCUGACAAAGGACGACUGGAGGAGGCAGCCUUUGAAUUGGAUGCCUUGAUUGGAGAAAAAAUUGUGGCGGAUGUUCCCGUUGCGAUCAUGUGCAAUAAGUGCGAUCUGGACGAGGCUUUGUCAUCGAAAGAAAUUGAGGAAGGACUCCAUUACCAGGAGCUUCAGAAGAUGCAGGGAGAGGAGAAUAUUGCCAUGUUUCGUAUAUCAGUUCUGAAGGGAGAAGGUUACCAAUCUGCUUUUCGAUGGGUGGCCAAAUUCCUGUGA